AUGUCCCUCGUGUCGCUGGCACCGCCGCCAGCCCGUGCCAGGUGUGUCACCUUCGAGGACGAGGUGGUGCCACCGCGGGGACCCCCGGGGAGGGCCCGUCCUGCCGGGGAGCAGGAGAAGCGGGGGGACAGGUCUGUCGCCCCCCGACUGUCACCCCGACCGCGCGCCGUCCCCGACUACGUGGUGAGGUACCCGGCGAUCCUGAGCCCCCGGCAGCAGGAGGGCUACAAGGGCGUCUUCCAGGACCAGCUGGCGGAAUACGUGGAUCUGCACCGGGAGCUCCGUGCCACACGUCACCCCCCGGGCAGGACGGGCUCUUCCCGGCAGGAUUCAGCCUGGCUGGAGAAGCAGCGGCGCUGUGAGUACCUGAAGAAGAAGCUGACGCACCUCAAGGCGCGGAUCCAGGAGUACAAUCGUGUCACCCACCCCAGCGCCGGUGGCUCCUGAGCCUGCACCCGGGCCGGGGAACCCCCCCGAGGCACCCCAGGGGAUGGGGAGGGGGUGGCGAUGCCGCGGGGAUCACUCGGUACCCACCAGGGAUCACCCGGUACCCACCAGGGAUCACCCGGUACCCACCGACCCAUCACACCAUGCGGGAAAGGGGAGGAAACCCACCGGCUCCUCAUUCUGGAGGUCCUCGUGGAGCCUCGUGGCCCCGGGACCCCCGAGCGCUGGGUGGGUCCUGCCUGUCCCCAGGCCCCGGCUGUGCCCCCACCUCGUCCCUGGGAAUCGGGGAGCUCCUCACCCCCCUCCCCGGGCAGGGGGUGCAGCUGCUGAAGUGGCUUUAAUUCAGUAACAGGGUU